AUAAGAGUCCAGAUAACAAAAUAACAACUAUUACCUCAUUUGGCUGUUUUUACACCCAUAAGGAAUGAAAGUGAGGUCACACAGCUAGUAAGAUGCCAGGCCCCUUAGUUGUGGAAUGGUGUGGAAAAAUAAUCAUAAUAGACAAAUAACAUACAAGCAAAACACCAUGGUGCACAUUUUCUUUUUUUUUUUUGGCUGUGCCGCACAGCAUAGAGAACUUCCCCUAACAGGGAUCGAACUCAUGCCUCCUGCGUUGGAAGGGCAGUGUCUUAACCACUGGACCGCCAGGGAGGUCCUUUUUUUUUUUUUUUUAUGGUGCACAUUUUAAAAGACAAGACCUAUGAUUAUUAGCCGAUGUGAAUUACUCAACAAAGUGACAAAACUCAAUUCCAGUACACUCCUCUGGCUAUUAAUGUUACCGAACAUAAGUCCAUGUGCCUGACGCACAGUGAGGCCAAACAAUACCAAAACAUUGGAGUUUGGAACAGAGAAAGGUUUAUUGCAGGGCCAUGCAAGGAGAUUGGUGGCUCAUGCCUUAAAAACCUCAAACUCCCCUAAAGCUUUCAGCAAAGCACUUUUAUAGGAAAGGUGGAGGGGGCGUGGUUGUUGCAAACUUCUUGAUGUUAGAUCCUUUAAAAAAAAAAAAAUUAUGUAUUUAUUUAGUCUGCGCCGGGUCUUAGUUGCGGCAUGCUUGCGGGAUCUAGUUCCCCGACCAGGGACCGAACCCCGGCCCCCUGCAUUGGGAGCGGGGAGUCUUACCCACUGGACCACCAGGGAUGUCCCAGAUCCUUUGUUCUUGAGGUCAGGUCAGGUCAAGGUCAGGUAACGAUGUUCUCAUAAAUCUCCACCAAACAAAUGUUAUUCUCUGUUCCGGCCUGAAAGGGCAAGGUCCCAAGGCACAACUUUCACCCUCAGGGCCGGGUCCCCAGACCCUGCCCAGCCGUCAUCACUGAGGGAGCAAGGUGUCCAGGACUCAACUGGCCCUCAGGCUCCUCAGGCCGCCCAAAAGGCGGGGGUCAGGUCCCACAGACUGCGACCCAGGCCGACUACCGCUGCCAUUAGGUCGCAGAGACGGGCAUGGGGGAGAGGUUCACCACUGCCUCAAGGCCUGGGCCCCUCCAGUGGGCAGCCUUGGCAAGGGCUCUGAAGCCCUACAGGACACAGCCCCCAGCCUGUCCUGGGGCUCCCCAGCGCACCUGCUGGCAGGAGGCUGCGGAGGGCCUGGAGGGCCCCAGGGAGAAGGCCGUGAUCUGAUCCACCUCUUACCUCACUCUCCGCUGGAGGACCACCGCCGGUCGGAAAGUUGGCGGAGCAGGACCGCUAAUCGCCUCUCUAACCUUCCCGCUUUGGGGUUCUCACGGUAACCGGUCGCCCAGGGUAACUGCGUGCAGCAACGGCUGCGCGCCAAGGGCUGCUCGCUGGCCUGCUCCACCACAGGAUCCCGGGCAGGCUCAGGGGCUCGGUCCCGCCGAGGGGCCGGCGCUGCCUCAGCUGCCGUCUGCCUUAGCAGCCGGGCUGGGGGCGGGGGCAGAGACCGGGGUCGUCCCGGUCGGCCCGGGGCCCGCGUCGGAGCCAAUCGGGCGGCUGGCUGCAGGAGGCGGCGGCGGCCGCACGCUCCUACAUCAUGGAGGCCCCGGGGUCCGGCCGGCGCGCCCUGCCCUAUUACAUUAAUUUUGGAGACUGGACACUUUGUUAAGUGCCAGGUUCCUUCAGGGGCAGCCCGGUCCAGCCCACGCUGCACGAGCCAAAGAGCUUCUGAGAGGCAAAACUAGAAAAAAUUUUCCCAACAUAAAGUUCCUGUGUGUCUGCUUUCGCUCUUGCUUUUAAAGGUCGGCCACUGUUUGGCAGGACUUGGCGGCCCUCCGAAGAGUUAUAGCAGGCUGCUCGGCCCCAUUAGGCCUUAGGCUGCAGAUAGGCAGCCUGUCGCUAGAGGGACUCUAACUAGUUUCUAACUUUCUUCACAGCCCUCUGCAGUUGACCCGAGAUCUGAAAAAGGCUCAAAAUGGUGGUCUCAUUUCCGGCUCUCCUGCGACCCUUCCGACUCUGUCGAUGGGACCCGACACCCUGGGCGCGGUUGGCAGGGCCUACAAAGCUGAGGACCGGUUUCACAAACUCUUGGGCCCCUGCCAGGAUGGCGGUAACAGUGACGCUGGAGCCUGCGGGCCGCUGCCGCUGGGACGAGCCGGUGCGCAUCGCCGUGCGCGGCCUGGCCCCGGGGCAGCCGGUCACGCUGCGCGCGUCCUUGCGCGACGAGAAGGGCGCGCUCUUCCGAGCCCACGCGCGCUACUGCGCUGACGCCCACGGCCAGCUGGACCUGGGGCGCGCGCCCGCCCUGGGCGGCAGCUUCACGGGCCUCGAGCCCAUGGGGCUCCUCUGGGCUCUGGAGCCCGAGAAGCCCUUGCUGCGGCUAGUGAAGCGGGACGUGCAGACGCCCUUCCCCGUGGAGCUGGAGGUGCUCGAUGGCCACGACCCGGAGCCCGGAGGGCUCCUGGGCCGGGCGGUGCACGAGCGCGACUUCCUGGCGCCGGGGGUGCGGCGCGAACCCGUGCGCUCGGGCCGGGUGCGCGCCACGCUCUUCUUGCCGCCGGGACCUGCACCCUUUCCUGGGAUUGUGGACAUUUCUGGAACUGGACGUGGCCUUCCGGAAUAUCGAGCUAGUCUGCUGGCUGGGAAGGGUUUUGCUGUGAUGGCUCUGGCUUAUUAUAACUAUGAAGACCUCCCCAAGAGCAUAGAGAACCUCCACCUGGAGUACUUUGAAGAAGCUAUGAACUACCUGCUUAAUCACCCUCAGGUAAAGGGCCCAGGGGUAGGGCUGCUUGGGAUUUCCAAAGGAGGCGAACUCUGCCUCUCCAUGGCCUCGUUCCUGAAGGGCAUCACCGCGGCUGUCAUAAUCAAUGGCUCUGUGGCCAGUGUCGGCGGAACCUUACACUACAAGGGUGAGACACUGCCGCCUGUGGGUGUCAGCCGAAGUCGAUUCAAGGUGACCAAAGAUGGCCUAGCAGACAUUUUGGAUGUCCUGAACAGCCCUUUGGAAGGACCUGAUCAGAAGAGCUUCAUUCCUGUGGAAAGGGCUGAGUGUGCCUUCCUGUUCCUUGUGGGUCAGGAUGACCACAACUGGAAGAGUGAAUUCUAUGCUAAUGAGGCCUCUAAACGCUUGCAGGCCCAUAGUAAGGCGAAGCCCCAGAUCAUCUGUUACCCAGGGGCGGGACACUACAUUGAGCCUCCUUACUUCCCCAUGUGCCGGGCUUCCCUGCACACCUUGGUGGGAAGUCCUGUCAUCUGGGGAGGGGAGCCCAGGGCUCAUGCCAGGGCCCAGGUGGAUGCUUGGCAGCAGCUCCAGACUUUCUUCCACAAACACUUGGGUGGGGAAAAGGGGACAAUCCCAGGAAUGCUGUAAUCGUUUAUCCUGGGAACAGCUGCCACAAUUAGUGUGUAUGUGUAGUUUUUUUCUUUUAAAUAAUUACUUCAGUGUUAAAGUGAACGUACCAAGAAAUUUUCAAGAUAUUUAUAAAUUACAUACUUUUUUAGUUGUUUGGGAGGAGAGUGAUUCUACAGAAAACACAACAGAUGGAGAAAGCAUGCCCUUUAGUGUCUAACAACACAUAACUGACAAGGCUUUAGCUCUGAAAGGAAAAGAGUAAUACCUGGUACCCAAUUGGUGCUCAGUUAUUAUUUGAAUAAUUUAUUAUUGAUUUUGUUUAAUAAUUAAUUUAUAAAUAAAUGAUUACCUACUGUGGAAGAAAAGCAUAUAAAAUAUCAAAAAUA